AUGCCAUUGAUCUUUCGAUUAAACAACACAUGGACUCGUCGAGUCUAUAAGUUUGAGUAUGAAACGCACUUGCGUCUUACUAGUUUCUCCUUCCCUAAGCACACCCUGUUACUCCAAUCGUCAGAGCUUACCUUUCAAACCAAGCUCGUCACUUUCGAUCUCGCGACUUCAGCUGCUGGCCAGCAAGCCCACAACUUCAACAUGGGCAAAGCUCCACUCACGAAUCACUCAAACCGCCAUGCCGUUGUGAUCAACGCGAGGCUCUAUCCCAACGGACCGCCAAACCCGUCAACAUUCGUCCGAGUCCCACGUGACAGCUACCCCGUUCCUCAAUCCGCGGCACCUCCAUCUCAACGUCAGCAGGUGGUGAAGGCCAGCGCUGCCCCUCCUCCUAGGCGAAAGAGCUUUCGAACCCAGUAUCCCACGGAACCAGCAUUUCUCCCAAUGGUUCUGAUCCGGCCCGCGCCAAAGGCAAGCUACAUGCGAGUGAAGAAGUGGGUGAGAGAUCAGGCGCGCGUCAGCAGAGGGUACGACGCUCUCAAGUUGGCUGGAUCAAGUGGAUGGCAGCAAGAGGGAGGUUGA